AUGGCUAAUAAUAACCAAGAAAUUAACAAUGACAUCCCUCCACCUCCAAACUUAAAUGAUGAAAAUGGUUCAUCAAUAGGUAGAAGUAUAUCUUCAACUGGUAGUAGUGGAUUUGCUGAAGAAAGUAUUUCUGGAGAUAAUCAAAGAGGGAGGGAAGGGGAUGAGGGAGAUGUUGAAGAGGAGGAAAGGGAAAGGGAAAGAGCUGCUUCUGUAGCAGAUAAAUCUGUUUUACGUAUUGGAAUUGGAUUGUUUGGUGUUCAAUCUGGUGUGGAAUUGGCAUCUUCCCCUGUUGAUAGAUUACUUGCACGUAUUUUUCGUUAUAUUGGAGGGUGGAUAGCUCAAAAACGACAUUUAUUAGUUAUUUCACUCCUUAUUUUAACUUUUAUCUGUUCAUCAAGUAUCCCUUUCACUCCUCAACAGGAUGACCUUAAAAGUGGUUAUACACCUUUAGGAGCAAGAUCGAGAGAAGAAUUGGCGAGAUAUGAACAAUUCUUUAGACCAGAACUUGGAAAAACAUUAAUAGCUGAGGAGCCUAUUACUUUGUUAGUUUUCAUCAUCGCUAGAGAUAAUGGAAGCCUUUUACGUGAUUCCUUAAUGGAACAAACAGUACAAUUAUUAGAUACAUUAGCUAAUGAUUUUCCGCUUGGUGGACGUCCAUUUAAUCAAUUUUGUACUCAUUUUUGCCAAAUGAAUGAACCUAUUAGACAAUUUUCUAAUGGACUUUCAGUACGUAAACGUCAUUUAGAAGCAUUAAAGGAUGGUGGUGGAGAAAUAAAAGAUGGGAUUUAUUUAAAUCUUUCAUUUCCAUUUAUGUCCCUUUUUGGUCACCAAGUCGAUUUAAGUCCACAUUUUUUUGGUGCUGAAAUUGAUAAAAAUGAAGGAGAAUUAAAAUAUCUUCGUUUGGCUCUUUUACAAUUUAAAGCAGAUAAACCAGAAAACGUUAAUUCUUUUGAUGUACUUAGCUGGGAAAGGAAAAUUGUUAAUUAUUUACAUAGUGAAUAUAAAGGUGAUUUACGACCUUUAGUUUUCUCGAUGGGGUUUGUAGCUGAUGAAGUUGUCAGAACAGGAAUGACACUUUUCCCUUUUCUUUCUGUUGGUUUUGUUAUUAUGUGUGGAUUUUCAAUUGGAACUGUUGCUUUAAGUGGACUUCAUUUUAGACAAUUUUCUCGUCAAAAGGUAAUAAUGGCAGUAAUUGCUUGUUGUUGUCCAUUAUUUGCUUGUGCUACUGCUUUAGGCCUAUUAUUUUGGUUUGGUGUACGUUUUGGAACAAUUUUGUGUGUUUCCCCAUUCCUUGUUUUGGCUAUUGGGGUAGAUGAUGCUUUUUUAAUGUUGCAAAGUUGGCAAAGAAUAUGUUCUUUAGCAGAACAAUUAAAUGAGGAAGAAAAAGAAGAAAAUAAUAAUUUAAUAGAAUUGGAAGAAAAAUUAGAAAAAAUAAUUUGUAAAAGGUUGGGACAAAUGUUGGAGGAUGUUGGGCCUUCUGUUACAAUUACUUCUGCUACUAAUUUUUUAGCUUUCUGUGUUGGGAUAUUUACGCCGACACCAGAAAUACAACUUUUUUGUGCUGGAAAUGCUUCGGCUAUUUUUGUUGAUUAUAUUUAUCAAUUAUUCUUAUUCACUCCAUUUUUGGCAAUUUCUGCAAAAUGGGAAAUGAAAGAAAAUGCUAAAAAGCGUUGUCGACAUACUUUGCCAGUCCAAAGACGUUUUUUCUUAAAAAUUAGUCAAAAACUUGCACAAUUCUUACGGGCAUAUUGUCGCUGGAUUUCUAGUGGAUUUACUGCUACUUUAGUUGCUACAACGCUUUUAAUAUUUUGGGGACUUUCGGCAAAAUGGGCUUCUAGAGCAAUACCUAAUAUAACACCGAGAAAAUUAUUUUUGGCUGAUUCUCCACUCAAUGAGGCAAGAAAAGGAACUUUUUUCCUAACUAAAAUAUUUUUUAUCCUGGGGUUAAGUGAAAAAAUUUAA